CGAUCUAAGAUGGCGACUGUGGAACCGGAAACCACCCCUACUCCUAAUCCCCCACCUACAGAAGAAGAGAAAACAGAGUCUAAUCAGGAGGUUGCUAACCCAGAACACUAUAUUAAACAUCCUUUACAGAACAGAUGGGCACUCUGGUUUUUUAAAAAUGAUAAAAGCAAAACUUGGCAAGCAAACCUUCGGCUGAUCUCUAAGUUUGAUACUGUUGAAGACUUUUGGGCUCUGUACAACCAUAUCCAGUUGUCUAGUAAUUUAAUGCCUGGCUGUGACUACUCACUUUUUAAGGAUGGUAUUGAGCCUAUGUGGGAAGAUGAGAAAAACAAACGAGGAGGACGAUGGCUAAUUACAUUGACCAAACAGCAGAGACGAAGUGACCUCGAUCGCUUUUGGCUAGAGACACUGCUGUGCCUUAUUGGGGAAUCUUUUGAUGACUACAGUGAUGAUGUAUGUGGAGCUGUGGUUAAUAUUAGAGCUAAAGGUGAUAAAAUAGCAAUAUGGACUACUGAAUAUGAAAACAGAGAAGCUGUUACAUAUAUAGGGAGGGUAUACAAGUAAAGGUUAGGACUUCCUCCAAAGAUAGUGAUUGGUUAUCAGUCCCAUGCAGACACAGCUACUAAGAGCGGCUCCACCACUAAAAAUAGGUUUGUUGUUUUAAGAAGACACCUUCUGAGUAUUCUCAUAGGAGACUGCGUCAAGCAAUCGAGAUUUGGGAGCUGAACCAAAGCCUCUUCAAAAGCAGAGUGGACUGCAUUUAAAUUUGAUUUCCAUCUAAAUGUUGCUAAGAUAUAAGAGAAGUCUCAUUCGCCUGUGUCUUGUACUUCUGUGUUCAUCUUUUUUUUUUUUUUUAAUUUUGGCUAGAGUGUCCACUAUCCCAAUCAAAGAAUUACAGUACACAUCGUCCCCAGAAUCCAUAAAUGUGUUCCUGGCCCACUCUGUAAUAGCUUAAAAGAAUUAACGACUACACACACAUCUGACCCAUCUACAAUAUUAAAGAAAAGAAUUUGCAUUUCUAUACCUUACAAGAGAACGAUUCUGUUUAUGUUCCAUUGUAUGCAGGAGCAUAUUUUGCUGGUUUGAAAGAGUAUGAUGCAUACAGUUUUCUAACAAUUUUCUUUGUUUCUUUUUACAGCAUUGUCUGUGCUGUACUCUUGCUGAUGGCUGCUAGAUUUUAAUUUAUUUGUUUCCCUAGUUGAUAACAUUAGUGAUUCUGAUUUCAGUUUUUCAUUUGUUUUGCUUUUGUUUUUCUCCUCAUGUAACAUUGGUGAAGGAUCCAGGAAUAUGACACAAAGGUGGAAUAAACAUUAAUUUUGUGCAUUC